AUGCUUCGAGGCAUGUCUGACAAUGGUUGGGAGUUGCUACCGGUAACCGACGAACGGGAUGACUCGGACCUGUCCGGCGCUACGGAUGUGUUUACGGACCCUCCUCAACUUACUGCCUCGGCUAUAGAGGCAGCGAAAACGAUGAAACCUUCUGAUCUUUUUUUUUACUACAUGCCGAAGACUCUCUGGACGGAGAUUGCCGAGGAAACUAAUCGUUACGAGCGUCAGACACGACCGGAAAGACUUCGACAGGCGAAGUUGUCCAUUGAAAAGAAGACGGACGACAUCUACAAACGCAAGGAAAUGUUUCAAGCAAAGAAAAAGGCGUUGGACGCGUUCAAAGACGUACUUGCCGCGGAGAUCAUGCAUUUUCUGGUCCUAGUAAUAUCCAGGGCUAUUUGCCCGAUAACGUCUCGACUGGAAGAUCAUUGGAAGACGCGAGCCCGUGGAGCGAUCCCAGCUGGAACUUGGUCGCCAUUUAUGGUUCGCAAGCAUUUCAAGGAGAUUAACAGAUUUCUCCACUUUACGAACAACCAGGCUCCGCAGGCUAAGACGGACCGGGCAUGGAAGAUUCGCAACGUGAUAAACAAGUUACAGACUACUUUCAAGGGUGGAAUGGAACUAGGGCGCUGGGUUGCAUUCGACGAGAUGGUUAUCCCUUCAAGAAGUUCGCGGAACAAUAUACGAGUUUUCCUGAAGAAUAAGCCGCACAAGUACGGCACCAAGCUGUUGCGGGAAAACCCACUACUGCUCCAGGUAUGCUCAUUUGCGCUAUUUUAUAUAGUCGGUAUCUGA